AUGAAUUUUCCAGUAAAGCCUAUCGACACCCUAAGUUUGUGCGUCUGUGGGUACCGUCCCGGUGGACGGUAUGCCGUAGUAUCGAGGGAGGUGGUGAUGCCUAAAUUAGUCGACGGUAUUUUGGAGUUUGAUGUGCUGCCUAUUGGUUAUGGGCGUCGUCAAUUACGGGUUUCAUUUCGGUCAGGUCUCUUCUGUACUCUGGCGGCCGAGGCGUUCGGAAGCGAUGCGGACACGCCCGAUGUCCCUCACAAUGGACACUUCAGCGUGCGACGACAAAAUGUGGCUGGAAAUGUGGCCGGAAAUGUGGCCACAUUUCCUCGUGUCGACCCCUUUGGACAUCAAGUUCAUAAGCGAUUUGGUGUCAUUCGUCGGCCGCCAGGUAACCGGCCACUCGGAACCCAGCCUCGUUGCGAUAAACGGCUCUCCUAG